CUUCCCUCCUCCUCCCUCCCAUUCCUCUCCAUCAAAAGAAUUCUCUCCAACUCUGAACACCAUAACCUUGCUCCCCACCGGUCACCACUUCUGGUCGCCGGUCAAACCAAACCCUUAUUGACUACGUUACUGCUUUCCAAUUCCUCUGCCAGCCCUGCUUUAGAUGCUCACUUCUUGCUACAAUAAGCAUUGAAAAACACCGCAAAGUCGGCUUCUUCUGCGUUUUUUACGUUGUUUUCUUAAAGUUUCACAGCACCAAGAAGCACAGCAUAAGGGAGCUAGCAAUAUGGCAUCAUCGGAGAACUUGGCAAGUCUUGAGCCAUGGAAUAUGAUGUUUAGGCCAAGUUUGUCAGAUUGUUGGAUUUCCGAAGCUUAUGCUCGAGACACGGAAACUCUAACAAAAGCCCUCCAAAAAUCCCUCUUUAACAAUAUAGAUGAUAUUGAUAUCCCCAUAAACACCAACACCAAUGAUAACAGCUCUAACUCUUUCUCCAUCACCGAAACGUUUUCUUCAAAUUCAAUCAACCCGUUUACCGGCCUAAUCGAGACGGCACCCCCGACUCCGACGCCCUCAAACGUUUCUGGGUCGGACCCAGAAACGGCUGGGGUCACGAAACGCCAUCGAAACCCUGUGCCGGGUGCUACCGGGAAGGUCUCGAAACGUAAGUCAAGGGCUUCGAAACGGUCUCAGACCACUUUUAUUACAGCUGAUCCGGCUAAUUUUAGACAGAUGGUGCAACAGGUUACCGGUGUUAGAUUCAAUAACUCGCAGGUUUCAAUGGUUCCUGUUUUGAAGCCUGAGCCUCAAAGACUCGGUGGCCGGUUUCAAGGGGGUAGUGGGUGCUUACCCACUCUUGAUACGUCGGCGUUUCUGCUUGAUCACCAUCAACAGCAGGUGGUCAUGGGGUCAGCUUCUGGUUCUAGUCCUGGGUCUGGCCCAGUUUCUUUUACUCAGCAGCCCAUGAUGGGUGAUGUUGGUGUUGGUUCUAGUGGUGGCAUAGAUUUUGACACUUUCUCUAGUUUUCCCACUCUAGAGUCAUGGAAAGUAGUGUGAUAAUUAAUAAAUUUAGCGUUUUUGUCACCUCCCAAGUGAAGGUUUAUGUUAUCUGUUUAUAUUUUUGGGUCCCUUGGUUUAGGUUAGUCUCUUUAUAGCUCUGUUUAUUUUGUAUUUCUGUUUAUGCAAUGUAAAACUUUAUCUUAUUCCUAAGUAUUAAGGCUUUAUGAUAUUUAA